AUGACAGAAUGGGGAAAUUUGGUUCUAUUCAACAACGAAGGAGCAAUUGUUUGGCAGUCUUUUGAUUACCCCACAAAUACAUUGCUUGUUGGGCAACGGUUAUAUGAGGAUCAAAAACUCUUUUCAAGUUCCUCAAACUUAUGGGCUCCUGGUUUGUACUUUGCCACAUUGAAAUUGGCUACAGGUUUUGCUACAUACAUAAGAGGUAAGGGUCAACCACAAAUGUAUUAUCAGUUGGUGCCAGAUCAAACCUCAACCACUAACAGAGGACCAUACUAUGCAGAGCUUCAACAAGGAGGUAGUGAUGGGCAUUUGAAGAUAUUCUAUCACAGUAAUGCCAAUAGGUGGAGGGAGAUUGUUGAUAUGGUUACCCAUGAUUUAGGUGAAUGUCAACAUCCUCACCACUGUGGUGAAUAUGGCUUAUGCAGAAAAAGCCAGUGUAGUUGGCCCAUAGGCAUUGAUUGGGUUCGAUAUUUUGGGCAGACACAGAGCCAAAAUGGAAAACGUCGUCAACAGACUCGGCUUCAAAUACCCUAUAUGGGUUGCUCUAGGAUUACUUCUUUCUCUUGCCCACGUCCCUUUGACCAGAAGCACUAUCUUGUUGAAGUUAGAAAUGUAAGCUACUUCAACCUCAUCGACAAAGAUGCUGCAUUUCCAAAUAUCAGUGACAUUGACAGAUGCAGAGAGAUCUGUCUGCUAAAUUGUUCCUGUGGUGCAGUUUUUUUCAGGUCCAACAAUAAUGUUUCAGAUGGGUAUUGUUAUAUCCCAUCCACGGUAUUGACAAUUAGAGAAGGGCCAAUCCCAAACCACAGUUUCGCAUCUGCAACAUUUUUCAAGGUCCAAAUUCCUUAUAAGGCAGCAAACGGACAAGUAGAAGGCACUGUGCCUGACACUUCUCCACCAACUUCACUUUCAAGAAAUCGAAGAAAUUUAAAAGCAAUAAUAACAUCGUCGUGUGCUGGUGCCCUUUUAAUUUUUGUUGUUACAAUUGUUACAUGCUUUGUGAUGUUGCGCCCAAGCUGCUCAGAGGACGGGGAGGAUUGUAUGAAGCAAGUUCCAGGAACUCUAAUGACGUUUUCAUAUUAA